AUGCAGUAUCAAAUAAAUGUAUUAACUGUGGAACUAAUUGUUAACUUUGUAAUUGUACAAUAUGUCAAUAAUGCACAGAUUCUACAUUCUAAGUUGAUCAAAGAAAUCCCCAAAAUUGUAUUUCGAUUAACUCUUGUGUUGUCAGUAAUUGCCAAACUUGUAAAUCAUAAAAUCCUUUUAGCUGUCAAGUAUGCUCACCUAAUAACUACUUAAAUUUAGAUUAAACUUAAUGCCUCCCUUGUUCUGUUCCCAACUGCCUAUAAUGUUUUAGUGAAAAUUAUUAACAGUGCUAAUAAUGCUCACAAAACUACUCUUUAUCUUCUGAUAAAUAGUAGUGCUUGCAAUGUUAAAUCUUAAAUUGUUUAACAUGUGAUCCAUAAAAUAAUUUAAUUUGUUAAGUUUGCUAAGCAAACACAUAUUUAAAUUUAGAUUAAAGUUAAUGCCUCCCUUGUUCUGUUCCAAACUGCUUGUAAUGUUUCAGUGAAAACUAUUAAAAAUGCUAAUAAUGCUAACAAAACUACUCUUUAUCUUCUGAUAAAAAGUAGUGCUAGCAAUGCUAAAUCUAAAAUUGUUUAACAUGUGAUCCAUAAAAUAUUUUAAUAUGUUAAGUUUGCUAAUCAAGAACAUACUUAAAUUCAGAUUAAACUCAAUGCCUACCUUGCAGUGUUUAAAAUUGUUAAGAAUGCUAAAGCACAAACAACUAGCUUUGUUAGAAAUGUAAUUCAGGAUAUCAAAUUAUUAGUGAUAGUAAGAGUUGUGACUUGA